AUGAAAACAUGUUGGAGUUGUUGUAAGAGGCUGAGCUAUUUGAAUAUUCUGUUUAUACCUAGGGAUAGCGAUAGAAACAUUGAAGUGUGUUAUUGCCCUGGUCAUGAAAAAUACAUUCAUUACAGUUUGGAUAAUUACGGAAAGAUUAUGAAAUUGGCUGACUCCUACGAAUUUUCAAAGGAUAGAAUUUACAAAUUUACUUUGCAUUAUAAGAAUGGAUUUAACGUAAAGAAAAUAUAUUCGAAACCAAGAGAAUCACAUAGAAAUCAAAAAGAAAUAAUUCUUAAAAACAAGGAAUUGUAUAUUGAGCUUACAGGCCCGACUCUUUACGAGUAUAAUACUGUAACAUUAAUUCAUCAAGAAUCAAUUAAUAGUGACAUUACCAUUUCAAUACCAAACAUUCAAGAUUCUGAACAUUACAAGAACAGAUGUUACUUGGUGAGGAGCGAUUUAUUUGUCAGACCACUAUAUGACAUUAAUUCUUUCUUCCAUGAUAUUUCAGCUCCCAACAAAUGUGGAGAUUUGAAAGUAUCAAGAAAAGGAGAUUCUAUUUUAUGGACAAUCUCAAAGAAAAAUAUCAAACAAUUAGUAUUUCGUUUCAUGAUUACAAAUGCUAUGAUUCUACCACUUUCGUUGCUCCUAUUUGUAUAUUUAACGGAUUAUUCUAUUGAUUCUAUAUCAACUGAUAAUAUUCAACUCCUUAUGCUUUUUCUUGAUUCAGUUUCAUUAAGUUGCAUUUCCCUUUUUGCUUCGGAUUAUUUCACUAACAGAUAUCGUCGUGUAUCAACGGAAAGCUUUAAAUUUCUGGCCAAAAUUGGUAUUGGAAGUUUUUUCCUAAAACUAGUCAUUUCAUUCAUUUUUCCAUUCCUUUCUCCAGUAGAUACAGCAAGUCCAUUUAGAUUAUCAUUGCAAUUCACAAUCCCUUACAUAUUUUCUUUAUUUACAACCAUAGUCUCUUGUUCCUGUUUAGCUCAAACAUCAUUUUGGUACGCACGUUCCUGUGAUUGGUUUUACAAUUUGAGGAAGAAGGAAUCAGCACUUGGUAGAGUUUUCAAUAAGUGUCUAUCUUGGAUAACAAACCUCUCCUCCUUGAAAGGUGUAGACAAUGACACAGAAGAACGUUGUGUAGUUAACUGA